CUGAGUAGUGGAGGAGCUGGGAUUAGCGCAAACUUGCAUAAGAUGCAAACAUUCGGUUGGGUACUCUUGCUCGUUGCAGCCUCGCUGCUAAAGGUUCAUAGCUUGGAGUCUGGAUGUCCGGAUGGCAGUUACGGGCAGAACUGCGAAAGUUGCUCAGGGUUCCUUUGUGACAACGGUAAGUGCAUUCUUCAAGAGUGGCAAUGUGACGGCGACGCUGAUUGUUCUGAUGGCGAAGAUGAACUUCAGGAUUGUCCCGUUCCUGACUGUGACGAGGAAACGUUUUUGUGCAAGCCAUUGAACAGAUGUUUGCCCAAACGGUACGUCUGCGACUUGGACACUGACUGUCCCGACGGGUCCGACGAAACUGACUGCGAAAGUCGUCCUUGCGACGGCUUCCAAUGCAAGAACUUCAUGUGCAUUAACGGCGGCUUUCAAUGUGAUGGCGAUGACGACUGCAGAGAUGGUUCCGACGAAGAGAACUGCCCUGUUCCACAGUGUGAUGACCCUAAGUUGCUCUGCGAGCCCAGAAAGAAGUGCCUUCGGGAAGCGGAUAUCUGCAAUAAAGCCAACGACUGUCCCGAUGGCUCAGAUGAACAAAACUGCGAGGAAUACGAUUGCGGAGAGUUGAGAUUCAAGUGCGCUAACAACAAGUGCAUCAACAAAAACUACAAGUGUGAUGGGGACGAUGACUGUAAUGACGGGUCUGACGAGCGAAAUUGCGAAGAGUACGAGUGCGGCGAAGGAAGGUUCAAAUGUGCAAACCACAAGUGCAUUAUUAUUACCUUCAAAUGCAACGGAGACGACGACUGCGGCGACAACUCUGAUGAAGCAAAUUGCUCAAAUUACUGAGAUUUAAAAAAGCUCCCUUGCACUGCAAAAUCCUACGCUUUUAUUAUGAAUCUAUGUACAGUCAACCCUCGAUUUACGAAUCCCCUCGGUUUAUGAACGGCGUCACGAGGAACCAUACUUUUUCCAUCUAUUUCUCCCUCGGUUUAUGAACCCUCGAUAUCCGAACUGUGACCGGAUUUUCAGGGAACCAACCGCAAAAACAUGUGUGUCCUGACCUCGAUUUAUGAACGGGGUUGCUGACGCACGGGGAAGUACUGGGAUCGCGUCAAUAAAGAUGAACAAAGCAUAAAGGCCAAGCACCCGUACAGUGUCCGCAACCACAAGAAUUAGAGCGUGAGAACAGAGGAGUGCAUUUCUUCCUGUGCUGACGGUGAACACAUAUGUAAGCCGCUUGAUGAUGGUACUUUAGUGCAGUUGUCAAAUGAUGGUGCCGAGGGUGAUCAUAGUGACAGUGAAGAUAACUAGCAGGACUGUUCCGAAGCUGUGACAGCUCGCUCAGCUUGGAAUCACAUUCACAGUACGAUACAGUGCUUUGAGUACCAGGCGCACGAGUCAGGUGCCAGGCUUCGAUCGUCUCUUCCGAAGAAGACAACUACAGCCGAAUGUAGAGUGGAGAGCGCAAUUACGAAGUAUUUUCACAGAUAGACGUAGUCUAGUGCACUUCCCGUCGUAUUUCAGCCCAUUUCUCUUCCGCGCACCUCGAUUUAUGAAUCCCUCGAUUUAUGAACGAUUCUUCGAGAAACGAAGGGUGUUCAUAAAUCGAGGGUUGACUGUAUGUCAUCGCCAUAAUUGGGACCCGGUGCUAUUGAAGCAAUUGCAACGUACUGCUUUUCUUCCGUUGUUUAUCCUCCGUCUUGCUUUCCGUAGAUGAAUUACCAGGUAUGGCGUGCUCGCCCUAACAUAUGUAAAUUCGCGUUCCAACGGGACUUCAGAAUUCGCGUUGUUGCAUGCGUGUUGAACACUGUGAUUAUGCAUCGACGGAGACCUGCAUUCCAAGUGUUACAACAGAAUGGUGGCGCUCAUGCUGCCGACAUUUGGUACAACUCCGCUACAUGAGUCGGACUUGAUGUGCUUUGCUACUAAAUGACGCCUAAACCAAUGUCAUAUAUGUCUCCGGAAUAGAUUUCUAUUCGCUUGCAGUGUUGUCAUUUUGGAGUCUACCUGAUUUUGUUGGUACUUUGAAGUUGUCUCCAUGCCUUUUCAGACACGCUGUUUUUGGUUUAACUGUUACAUUGAAAAAAAAAAAAACAUUACUCAGGGUUCUGUGUUUUA